AACCCGGUCCCGGUUGGAGCACUCCUCCCUGUGAGCUCAGUCAGCUCUGACAGGCAGCGUGGAAAGAUGGUGCUCGACUUGGACCAGUUUCGCACCGACAAAGGUGGCGACCCAGAAGCCAUCCGUGAGAUCCAAAGGAAGAGGUUCAAAGAUGUUACACUCGUUGAUAAACUGGUCGCUGCAGAUACGGAGUGGAGGAAAUGCCGCUUCACUGCAGACAACCUGAACAAAGCCAAGAACCUCUGCAGCAAGAGCAUUGGGGAGAGAAUGAAGAAAAAGGAACCAGUUGGUGAUGAUGACUCUCUACCAGAAGAAGCCCAAAACGUUGAGUCCCUAACAGCUGAAACACUAUCGCCCCUGACGGUAACCCAGAUCAAGAAGGUGCGUUUGUUAGUGGACGAGGCUGUAGAGAAAGCUGAUGUCCAGAGAAUAAAGCUGGAGGCGGAGCGCUUCGAUUACCUGAGGGAGAUCGGAAACCUCCUGCACCCGUCUGUGCCCAUCAGCAACGAUGAGGAUGCCGACAACAAGGUGGAGCGUACCUGGGGCGACUCCAGCGUGCAGAAGAAGUACUCCCACGUGGACCUGGUGGUCAUGAUCGAUGGCUUCGACGGAGAGAGGGGGGCUGUGGUGGCUGGGAGCAGAGGUUACUUCCUGAAGGGCCCACUGGUGUUUCUGGAGCAGGCUCUCAUCAACUACGGCUUGAGGCUCCUCCACAGCAAGGAGUACACCCCACUCUACACGCCCUUCUUCAUGAGGAAAGAGGUCAUGCAGGAAGUGGCGCAGCUCAGCCAGUUUGAUGAUGAGCUCUACAAGGUCGUUGGUAAGGGCAGCGAGAAGUCAGACGAUAACUCUGUGGAUGAGAAGUACCUGAUCGCCACCUCGGAGCAGCCCAUCGCCGCCUUCCUGAGGGACGAGUGGCUGAAACCCGAAGACCUACCCAUCCGCUACGCCGGCUUCUCCACCUGCUUCAGACAGGAAGUGGGCUCCCACGGCCGAGACACUCGCGGGAUCUUCAGAGUGCACCAGUUUGAGAAGAUCGAGCAGUUUGUGUAUUCCUCCCCACAUGACAACAAAUCAUGGGAGAUGUUUGAUGAGAUGAUCGGGACCGCGGAGGAGUUCUACCAGACGCUAGGAAUUCCUUACCGCAUCGUCAACAUCGUGUCAGGCGCCCUGAACCACGCUGCCAGUAAGAAGCUGGACCUGGAGGCCUGGUUCCCGGGCUCCGGGGCCUUCAGAGAGCUGGUCUCCUGCUCCAACUGCCUCGACUACCAGGCCCGGCGCCUCCGCAUCCGCUACGGACAGACCAAGAAGAUGAUGGACAAGGCUGAGUAUGUGCACAUGCUGAACGCCACCAUGUGCGCCACCACCCGUGUGAUGUGCGCCAUCCUGGAGAACUACCAAACGGAGGAAGGCAUCAUCAUUCCAGAGAAGCUCCAGCCCUUCAUGCCUCCUGGUAUGACGGAGAUCAUCAAGUUCGUGAAGCCGGCUCCCAUCGAUCAGGAGACCACUAAGAAAGCCAAGAAGCAGCAGGACGGAGGAGGGGGAGGCAAGAAGAAGAAGCAGGGAGGAGACCAAAACCUGCCCAGCGCCAUGGAGACCAUGUCCGUCAACGAAUCAUAGACUGCCUCACAAACACACACAUAGAAACAGAUGGAACAGAGCCUUGUGUGUAGUUCUGUUGUCCUUAUAACAAAGUAGCUCUGUCCCAUCUGUGUCUUAUCAUGUGAUCAUCUCAGACCCCCCCCCCCCCCAUUCACAUGUCUCUCAUCUGCAGCAACUCUAAACCUCAAACAAAGUUAUUGUAAUCUGAAUCACCCGCUACUUUUUCACAUCAGUAGGUUUCUUUUUUUAUAACUGAUCAGUAACUCUGCAUCUGUUCUUCUGAACUGACUUCAUCCUCCUUUUAAUAAUUCUGAAAUCAACCUCAAUCAGUGAUCAGGUACUUGAAUUGUUUGCUUUAGGCUUCCCUUCACGUCGUCAUUGAUCUCAGACCACGCUGUGUCACUGUUGACCAUAAUGCUUUUCACUGGCUUAUGAUUGAGACAUCUACAUCGUAUGAACUCGCUAUAUAAAGGGACAUAUAUGAUUGAGCAAGUGGCACUUACUGUACACAAACAAUAAAUACAGUUGAUAUGGAAGUUA